ACGCCUUUUCAUUUCGGAGAGACAAGCAAUACUCUCUCUCUCUCUCUCUCUCUCUCUCUCUCUCUCCUCUUUCUUUCUUUCUUUCUUUCUUUCUUUCUCUCAAAUUCCUAUCCAAAAACCCCGAUAAGGCAACUUCAUAGCUCUCUCUUCUGUCCCUGCGAGUUCAGAUUGUGUUGGCCAUAUUAUUCUAAGUUCCGACGCCAACAAUUCUGCUCGAAUUUAAUUAUUUUGGUGCGCCUGUGAGGGAGAAAUAGGCAGAUAUAAAGUAUCACGAUGACUAUCAAAACUCCUGCAACUCCAGCUUCUAAAAUAGAGAGGACGCCAGCGUCAACACCUGGAGGACCUCGAUCUAAGGAAGAGAAGAUCGUUGUUACUGUGCGGUUAAGGCCUCUGAGUAAAAAGGAGCAGCAAGCGAAGGAUCACAUGGCAUGGGAGUGCAUUGAUGAUAAUACGAUUGUGUACAAACCUCAGCCUCAGGAACGUCAAGCUCAACCGGCCUCGUUCACAUUUGAUAAAGUUUUCAGUCCCGCUUCUUUGACUGAAGCAGUAUAUGAGGAAGGAGUAAAGAAUGUUGCCUUAUCUGCUCUAAUGGGCAUCAACGCCACCAUAUUUGCUUAUGGGCAAACUAGUAGCGGAAAGACAUUUACAAUGAGGGGGAUAACUGAGAAAGCUGUUAAUGAUAUCUACAAACAUAUUAGUAAUACACCCGAGAGAGAUUUUACCAUAAGAAUUUCAGGACUUGAAAUAUACAAUGAGAACGUCAGGGAUCUAUUGAAUACAGAAUCAGGUCGGAAUCUAAAGCUUCUUGAUGACCCAGAGAAAGGUACAAUGGUUGAGAAACUAGUAGAGGAAACCGCGAAUAAUGAUCAACAUCUAAGACAAUUGAUUAGCAUCUGUGAGGCUCAAAGACAAGUUGGUGAAACUGCCUUGAAUGACUAUAGCUCUCGGUCACACCAGAUAAUAAGGCUGACAAUUCAAAGUACCCUACGAGAAAAUUCAGAUUGUGUUAGGUCUUUUGUAGCAAGCUUGAAUUUUGUUGAUCUAGCUGGAAGUGAGAGAGCUUCACAAACACAUGCUGAUGGUGCUAGGCUAAGAGAAGGCUGUCAUAUUAACCUUAGUUUGAUGACGCUCACAACUGUGAUCAGAAAGCUAAGUCUUGGAAAGAGAAGUGGUCAUAUACCUUAUAGAGACUCGAAACUCACCCGCAUAUUGCAGCAUUCGCUUGGUGGAAAUGCACGAACCGCCAUUAUAUGCACAUUGAGUCCAGCAUUGACUCAUGUUGAACAAUCACGGAAUACUUUGUACUUUGCCACCCGGGCAAAGGAAGUGACUAAUAAUGCCCAAGUUAAUAUGGUUGUGUCGGACAAACAAUUGGUCAAACAUUUACAGAAGGAAGUUGCCAGGCUAGAAGCAGAACUGCGCACUCCUGAUCCAAAACGGGAGAAAGAUCUAAAAAUCCAACAGAUGGAAAUGGAGAUUGAAGAAUUAAAACGAGAAAGAGACCUCGCCCAAUCCCAGGUUGAUGAGCUCCGCAGAAAACUUGAGGAGGACCAGCAGGGUUCUAACCCAAUUGAAUCUGCCCGUCCUCCAGUGAAGAAGUGUUUGUCCUUUACUGGUGCAUUGUCUCAGAGACUUGACAGCAAGGACCUUGGCCGUGGCAUGAUAUUAAGGCAGUCAAUGAUGAGACAAUCAUCUACUGCUCCUUUCACACUUAUGCAUGAAAUUCGUAAGCUGGAACAUCUCCAGGAGCAGCUUGGGGAGGAAGCUAAUAGAGCCCUCGAAGUAUUGCAAAAGGAGGUGGCUUGUCACAGACUGGGGAACCAAGAUGCCGCAGAAACCAUUGCCAAACUACAAGCUGAAAUAAGAGAAAUGAGAUCAGUCCGUUCAGAACCCAAAGAGGUUGAGGUUGGGAGCGUCAUUGCUACUAACCAGAGUGUAGGUGCUAAUCUUAAGGAAGAGAUAACACGGCUUCAUUCUCAAGGUAGCACCAUUGCCAAUUUAGAGGAGCAGCUUGAAAAUGUUCAGAAGUCCAUUGACAAGUUGGUAAUGUCUCUACCAAGUAAUUAUCAGCAGUUCAUGAGCAGUGAAUCAACCUCCAAACAAAAAAGUUCCACAAAAAAGAAGAAAUUGCUUCCUUUGGCCUCAAGUAAUAUUACCAACCGGCAAAACCUUUUAAGAUCGCCAUGCUCACCUUCAACAACUUCCCAGCAAGUACUGGAGUCCGAUAUUGAAAAUAGAGCUCCUGAGAAUGAUGAUGUCAUCUCAUCUGAGAUUCUGCGCGAGUCUGAGAAAGAGACCCCAACAAAGAGUGAAGAAGGUGGAGAUGUCUCAUCAAAAGAGAGCACUCCUUGUUAUCGAAGAUCAAGUUCUGUAAACAUGAAGAAAAUGCAAAAGAUGUUCCAAAAUGCAGCAGAAGAAAACGUAAGAAGCAUAAGAGCAUAUGUGACAGAAUUGAAAGAACGUGUGGCCAAACUGCAGUAUCAAAAACAGCUACUUGUUUGUCAGGUCCUUGAGCUGGAAGCAAAUGAAGCAGCUGGCAACAAAUUAGAUUGUGAUGAAAACACAUUUGACCAGGAUGACGAUCAAGUUCCGUGGCAUUUAACUUUCAGGGAGCAAAGGCAGCAGAUUAUUGAGUUAUGGGAUGUUUGCUAUGUUUCCAUUAUUCACAGGUCUCAGUUCUACUUGUUAUUCAAGGGCGACGAGGCUGAUCAGAUUUACCUGGAAGUAGAGAUGAGGCGCUUAACAUGGUUGCACGAUCACCUAGCGGAAUUUGGCAAUGCUAGUCCAGCUCACGUUGGAGACGAGCCAACAAUCUCUCGCUCGUCAAGCAUGAGAGCGUUGAGACGUGAAAGAGAGUUUCUUGCAAAGAGAUUAACUACACGUUUGACAGCAGAAGAAAGAGAUGCGUUGUACAUUAAAUGGGAAGUACCGCUUGAAGGGAAACAAAGGAAAAUCCAAUUUGUAAACAAACUCUGGACAAAUCCUCACGACCCUAAGCAUAUUCAGGACAGUGCAGAGAUAGUGGCAAAGCUUGUUGGGUUUCGUGAAGGAGGCAACAUGUCCAGGGAGAUGUUUGAACUCAAUUUUGUUGUUCCUUCCGACAAAAGACCAUGGAUCAUGGGAUGGAACCCAAUUUCAAACCUUCUUAAUUUGUAAGAAAAUAGAUUUUUUUUUGUAAGUACCUUACCUUCUGAUUCCUUUUGUAUAUCUUGUAUUGUGUCUGAUUGGACACAACAAAAGAUUGAUCUUUUCGUAUCAUUACUUUCAAUCUGAAUAAAAGAAUUUAAUUCAUUUCUCCUUCUUGAUUAGAUUAGUCCCCACCUGCACCGACACUUGUGUGAUUCCAAAUAUAACUCUGCUUUGAUUACGAGUUCUGUAUGCCCUAUUUUUAUUGUGACUUUCCUGAUUAUGUAUUUAUUUCUUUCUUCAUUACGAGUUCAUGACAGUUGGGGGGGGGGGGGAGAAUUGGUCCAAAUCUGAAUUUCUAUUACAAACAAUCAUCUGCAGAGUACAAGAGCUAAGACAAAGAUGGAGGGAUGUAUAAGAGCAGGACUCAACACAACUCCCCCAUUUCAAUAUCUAACUCUCUGAUCUCACUACAAACACUGUAACACAACCACAGAGACACACUGAAGUCAAACACCCACACACAUAGAUUAUAUUCUUUUAGCUAGUAAUAAAGCGCGUUAUAAUAAUGGACCCAGAACAGUAGGAAAUUAGAAGUCUUAAAUAAGUCCCAUUGAUGUGAAAAAGCCUCGAGGGAAAGAGGGGACCAAAUCCUCCUAGCACUUGGGAAAUGGAGUUCCACAAGUGCUAGCAACUUUCUUGGCAUUAGGAGAGGCCACAAACUUCUUAAGGGUGGGGUUCUGCAUGUACUUGCAGAGGCAGGGUCUCUGUUCCUUAAUCUUAGAGCAACAUAGCGAAGAAGGUGGAACUGAAGAUGUUAUUGCACUAACGCAGGAACUUAGUUGCACUGGACUGCAUGUCACUGCCAUUGAGAUCUCCACCAUCAUAAACAUCACUAUGAUACUUAGUGCAAUCUGUGAUGCCUUCAUUUUCUUUCUCAAGAUAGUUGAACUUUAGGGGGGGGGGUGUGUGUGUGUGUGAGAGAGAGAGAGAGAGAGA